CUUCAGCCCGCGUGCCCUCUGUUUCUCUCCCGGUUCUUCCCCUCUCUUGCGACGACAGGGUUGGGUAACGCCGCUCGCCGCCGCCGCCGCCAUACGCAGGUGCCGAGGCCUUCGUCGAUCUCUUAGCCGUCGACAAGCACCCAAGAGAUGCAGGAUAGAAUGAGACGGCAGGGGCAAUAUGGUGAAGCGGAUAUUAACUCUAUGGUUGCUGCCCAGUUGCAUCACUACCAGGCACAGCAAAGGGUACAGAAACACCCUGAGAAUAGCUACACUGGAAGAGAUCCUGCACAAGCUUCUGCGGAGCAUCAGUACACUCCCCCUAAAGCAAGACAGAGUCAAUGGGAUCGAGGUGGACCAAAUGCGCCAAGCCAGGUUCCAUCAUAUGCAUAUAACGAAGCCCAAGGUGCUGGAGGUGCGCAAUCCUUUUAUGAUGGGCAGAGAUCUGAUACAAAGGUUGGUCUAGAAAAGCAGCCCAGCAAGGAGUCUAGGGAGCAACCUCGUACUGAACGAACUGAAACAAGAUACGAGAAUUAUAAUCUUCCUCGGACAUUCGAAGGUCUUGAACAAAGUUUCCAUGAAGACAUUAUUUUGCUAUCCAAGGAACUACAGGAGGCAGAGGAUGCUGAAAAUUCUAGACACAUGGAGAGAUUGAAGGAUAUAAAUACACAGUACCAGGAGAAACUAUUAGCACUUAGAGCUCGGCAAGCGAACUAUAGAGAUGAGUUCCUGCGCAAGGAAUCUCUAGCACGCCAGCAGCAAUACCAGCACGCCAGCAUGAGCCAUUACGCUAGCAAUUCCACGGCUGGGGAGCAGCAUGGUUAUAACCCAACGGCAGCAGGCACGCCUCCUGUUGCUGCUGGAGGUGCUUAUGGUGAGGCUCAUCGGGGUUAUGCUUCUGGCCAGUAUGAAUCAUUUAGCGAUCGUCCAGAUUAUCCAGAGUUCCAUGAUGGGGGCAGAGGUCGUGGUCGUAGUUCUGAGCAGCGUGCUCAAUACCCUGGUGGUCGUGCUUAUAAUUCCGGUGGCCGGCGAUUCUAGAUAUGCUUUGAACUUUGAAGGACGAUCUAUCACUCUGUCAAGCGAGCUCAUAUCACCUGAUGUCAGUGUGCUGUACCGUGCUAUACUCGACCGAGAAACCUAAGCGCUCAUAAAACUUGUUCUACAAUUCAGGUGCAUCGAACUACUUUAUGGUUUUGCUAGAGUUCAUUCUGGUUAUAAUUGUAGAGGAACGAAACGAUGAGAGAACACUGACUUUUCCGUUUCUCUGCAUUCAUGUAAUAUGAUCUCGGAAGCAAUAACAUUUCAUCUUCUAUA